AUGGUGAAAAGGGCCGUUGGUAUUUUGGGAAUCAUUCAUGACCGUACCAAAGUUGUUGACAGUAGUUUAGAAGAAUGCAAUUCAGCUCUUUCGCACAAGAAGGAGUCCAAGGCACAUGUUAAUGUGUUUCCUAUACUAAACCCUGUCAUAGCUCUUUCCCUUUUCAGGGAGAUGUUGGAUGAGGAUUGUGAAUUGCUUUAUCUUAGUGAUAGACCGGAGAAACUCAUUGUAACAAACAUUGCAGUGCCACCGAUAGCUAUUCGUCCUUCUGUCUUUGUGGAUGGUGGAGCACAAAGUAAUGAGAACGACACUACAGAGAGGUUAAAGCGCAUUAUCCAAGCAAAUGCUAGUCUUCAUCAGGAGUUAUCGGAAACAAGUUUUGCUGCAAAGAGUUUGGAUGGUUGGGCUGAUCUGCAAAUUGAGGUUGCACAGUAUAUAAACAGUGAUGUACGUGGAGUGCCUUUACAUAUGCAAGCUGCCAAGCCAUUGAGUGGUUUUGUUCAACGCCUCAAAGGAAAGCAGGGACGUUUCCGUGGAAAUUUGUCUGGGAAGCGUGUUGAAUAUACUGGCAGGACCGUCAUAUCCCCCGAUCCUAAUCUGAAGAUCACCGAGGUAGCAAUUCCUAUCUUAAUGGCUCGACUUUUAACUUAUCCUGAGCACGUCUCCCAUCAUAAUAUAGAGAAAUUGAGGCAGUGUGUCCGUAAUGGGGCUAAUAAAUACCCCGGUGCAAGAUUUCUCAGAAAGUCUGAUGGUACCUCAAUAGCAUUAAUGUUUGCUUCCAGAAAGCGUUAUGCUGAUGAAUUGAAAUUUGGUUACAUAGUUGAUCGUCAUUUGGAAGACGGUGACAUAGUUCUUUUUAACAGACAACCAAGUUUGCAUCGAAUGUCAAUCAUGUGCCAUAGGGCGAGGAUAAUGCCUUGGCGUACAUUGAGAUUUAAUGAAUCGGUUUGCAAUCCAUACAAUGCCGAUUUUGAUGGUGAUGAAAUGAAUUUGCAUGUGCCACAAACGGAAGAGGCUCGAACAGAGGCUCUUAUGUUGAUGGGGGUGCAAAACAAUUUAUGCACACCAAAAAAUGGAGAGAUUUUGGUUGCUUCCACACAGGAUUUUCUAACGUCUUCCUUUCUCAUAACAAGGAAGGACACAUUCUAUGAUCGUGCUACUUUUUCACUCAUGUGUUCUUAUAUGGGGGACGGAAUGGAUCCUAUUGAUUUGCCUACGCCAGCUUUAAUUAAGCCAAUUGAGCUUUGGACCGGUAAACAAUUGUUUAGUAUACUGUUACGCCCACAUGCGCAUAUGAAAGUCUAUGUGAAUCUAACUAUCACAGAGAAGAAUUACAGCAAGUCAGGAGAGACAAUGUGUGCAAAUGAUGGGUUUGUUUAUUUCCGUAAUAGUGAACUAGUAAGUGGCCAACUUGGGAAGGCUACUUUAGGGAAUGGCAAUAAGGAUGGUCUUUACUCUGUUCUUCUGAGGGACUACAAUGCUUAUGCAGCCGCUGCUUGUAUGAACCGUUUAGCGAAAUUGAGUGCUCGGUGGAUAGGGAAUCAUGGAUUCUCAAUUGGAAUUGACGAUGUCCAACCUGGGGAUCGUCUGAGUGACAAUAAAAGAGCUACAAUCUUGGGUGGCUAUGGAGAUUGUGAUAAGCUAAUACACGAAUAUAAUGAAGGAAAGCUCUCACUGCAACCUGGUUGUGAUGCGGUUCAGACACUGGAAGCUGAGAUAACCAAUGUUUUAAAUAAUAUUCGAGAGAGAACUGCAAAGGUUUGUAUGGAAGAACUCCAUUGGAGGAAUAGCCCCCUGAUUAUGUCGCAAUGCGGUUCAAAAGGAUCUCCUAUCAAUAUCAGCCAGAUGAUUGCAUGUGUUGGUCAACAAUCUGUUGGAGGUCGUCGUGCUCCAAAUGGAUUUAUAGAACGAAGCCUUCCUCAUUUUCCCAGAAAGUCAAAGACUCCUGCUGCUAAAGGAUUUGUUGCGAAUUCCUUCUAUAGCGGUUUAACGGCUACAGAGUUUUUCUUCCACACAAUGGGAGGGCGAGAAGGCCUUGUGGAUACGGCGGUUAAAACAGCUGAGACAGGGUACAUGUCUCGUAGACUAAUUAAAGCUUUGGAGGACCUGUCCAUUCAUUAUGACAACACUGUGCGCAAUGCUAGUGCUUGUAUAGUCCAAUUUAUAUACGGUGAUGAUGGCAUGGAUCCAUCACAGAUGGAAGGGGCAGAUGGAUUUCCUCUAAAUUUCGAUAGAUUAUUUCUGAAAGUCAAGGCUACAUGCCCUGCUAGAGAACACGUGAGCAUGUCUCCUUCUGAAAUCCUCAAAGUGAUGGAAGAAAGGUUCUCAGAACAUGAUAUGACUCCUGAAGGGGGUUGCUCAAAGGCCUUCAAUGAGUUACUGUUAAACUUCAUUACUAAGUAUGUUAAAAAAUUAGAAAGCACCAGGCAGGCUCUGAAAUUGGAUGAAGGGCAAUAUACAGAAGAGAAUCUCAAAUUGCUUAAAAGUAUUGCUCAAAAUAUAUCUGGUGUUACUUCCAGGCAACUACAGGUUUUUGUGGAAACCUGCAUCUCUCGUUAUAGUCGAAAAACAAUUGAAGCUGGAACUGCAAUUGGUGCAAUUGGAGCUCAGAGUAUAGGAGAGCCAGGGACACAGAUGACACUAAAAACAUUUCACUUUGCUGGAGUUGCAAGCAUGAAUAUUACACUUGGAGUUCCUCGAAUUAAAGAAAUCAUAAAUGGAGCCAAAAAAAUCAGUACACCAAUCAUUACUGCCACACUUAAAUGUGAUGAUAACUUGAAAUCUGCAAGAUUGGUCAAGGAUCGUAUUGAGAAAACGGUUUUAGGGCAGGUUGCGAAGAGUGUAAAGAUAGUGAUGGCCGCGAGAUUAGCAUCUGUUGUUGUCACACUUGACAUGGAAAUAAUUCAAGCUUCCCAACUUGGUAUAGAUGCAUAUGUUGUAAAAGAAUCAAUAUUGCGGACCCCAAAAAUUAAACUGAAGGAGCAGCAUAUUAAGGUAUUGGAUGUUAAAAAACUGCAAGUUAUUCCUCAGACUGAUAGAAGUAAACUUCAUUUUGAACUCCACUGGCUCAAAAAUAAACUUCCAACAGUAGUUGUGAAGGGUAUCAGUGCAGUUGAACGUGCAGUAAUAAACAGAUAUAAAGAUAAGAAAACCCAGGAACAGAAUUACAACUUACUUGUUGAAGGAACGGGUCUGCAGGAAGUCAUGGGAACUGAAGGAGUUGAUGGACAUAAAACAACCAGUAAUCAUGUUAUAGAAGUGCAGCAAACACUUGGAAUUGAAGCUGCCAGAAGGUCCAUAGUCGAUGAGAUCCAAUAUACCAUGUCUAGUCAUGGUAUGAAGAUAGACGUACGGCAUAUGAUGCUUUUAGCAGAUCUGAUGACAUUUAAGGGGGAAGUUUUAGGAAUCACGAGGCAUGGUGUUCAGAAAAUGAAGGAUAGUGUAUUGAUGCUGGCUUCAUUUGAAAAGACAGCAGAUCACCUUUUCAAUGCUUCUGUAAAUGGCAGGCAUGACAAGAUCGAAGGAGUGAGUGAAUGCAUCAUUAUGGGUAUACCAAUACAGAUAGGAACGGGAAUCCUUAAAGUUAGACAAAGAGCUGAGCAGGUUGAACUGAAUUAUGGAUUAGAUCCAAUCUUAUCUCAUGCUGAUCGGGACAAGAAUUUUAAGCUAUGAAGAUGCGUGGUUCAUUCCGGCAAAGUCAUAUGUGGAUAUGCAUCCGAUUGUUAAAGUAUGAUUGUGGUUGAGAGUGCUUCGUUAAAAGGUCAAAGUGAAUUAUUAUUUCUCCAAUUUGUUAGGAAAAAAGAAACGAAAUCACUUCCCAGACAUAAUCAUAGAGCGGUGCAUUUCGAGGCUAUUUUGAAGCUCCCAUGGUGGUUCGUCUGCUCCUCACUCAUCUAAAAGAGGUGACGUCGUAACAGUAGGUGCAUAUCAUGCAUUUAUAUUAUUGUUGGACUGUCCUAAUUUAAUAAGUUGAUCUCCCAUUUGUUCCUUUUUUGGUAAAGAUCUGCCAUUGAUUGGUUUUUGGUUUUUGGAGGAGAAAGAGGGGGGGGGGGGGGGGGUGUUAUGUUUGGCAUUAAAUAAAUUGCUAUAACUUGAGGUCAAAUUUUGUAAAUCAUCUUGGGGAUUUUGCUUCGUUUACAAUUGUAUUGUGUGUAAUUUUUGGUCAUGUUGAGUGCUAUCAGCUUGCCUUGGUGCAUUGCUACUGGAGAGCUUUAUACAGAGCCAGCAUGCUGGUUUGUACCUUGAGGAGGAUGUAUUGAACUUUUGUCAGGGCCAAGCCAGCCUGAUCAAUCAAUCUCUCAGCCACUGUUGAUUUGUCUGUGUUUUCUUAUUUUGAG